GCUCGAUGUAAAAUGAAAGCAACCACACAAUGCAGUAUUUGGUCUCUCAUUGUCUUAUCAGCAGUGUCGGCAACAGCUCAGCUGAUUGAAGGUAACCCGCACUUUUCACACACACCAUCGUUGGCGCCGACAUUACAGUUGACAGCCACGCCUACAACUCCCUUUCAAGUUGCCUCAUCGACACAGCCUUACGCUACCUCUCCCAAUCAGCCACCAUGGCUAGAUAACAAACACUUGCCUCUAAGGGAUCCGAAGAACACGGCACGCAAUCUCUAUGCGCCGUAUCAAAGUUUUUCGAAGGCGGAUGUGGCCAACUUUCCGAAUGUGGUUAUUAGACCCGAUGGUUCGGCAGCACAAACAUUUAGUGCAUAUCGCAAGGGCCGCUCAGGUAACCCCAAUCUUCGUCAAGCAAACCGGCGCUCCGACAAUGCUGAGGUAGAAAUUAUAAAUGCCCCAGCAGUGGAACUGCCCUCCAGCCCCUUGAUAACCAUUCCUAAGAAUGUGGUACCAGCUGCAUUGAGCAACAAUUUCACCAGGCAAGGUCGUAAACGAAAUUACCUUUAUAUUCCUUUGCAGCCAGACCCCUCCCAGAACUAUCUCUUACAGCUCAAGCCUAAGGGCAAUGCAUCGCUAAGUGAUUUGGGACCACCAACAAGUGAUGUCCUCCCAGCUGUUCCCGAAAUUGCUGAUGAGGUGACACCAUCGACUGACAGAACGGAACGCAGCGAUAGCUUUCCUGUUAGCACACCUACUUCAACAGAUCGCUAUGACAGAGGCGAAGAGACAAGCAGUCGGCGAGUGGGUUUCCAAUUUCCCAGUUACAGUCUGAACCCCUCAAGCCCAUUCCAACCCCAAGGCUACCGAGAGGACAACCCUGUUUUUGGCGAGACGUCCGGCUUCGAGGAGGUUCCUUUGCAAGAUAAGCGUCUAACUCGUCAGUUGGUAUUCGAACCCGACGUUUCUCCAACCUCCUACUCAUACGAUUUUUCGGGUAUAGGAGCUAGCACGAUACCCCACACAUUAAACUCUGCCGUGGCAGCUGGGAAACAAUAUCGUGAAGAGGUUACAAAAUUUGGUGACAUUAAUGGGCCCAUUACUGCUCUACCGCAAAGGCCGCAGCGAGGUUUGUUCUUCGGUGAUACAGAGUUCCGGACUGGUUCUCUAGUACGGCCUUUUUCACCCCAGAAAACAUUCAAUGAGUACAUAGACCCAUCGAGUUCACGUAAAAGUCGUUAUUAUCCCUUCAAGUCAUCGCGUAGUCCCCGUGUGGUUUUUCCCACCAACGACAAUGUGGGCACAACGGGACCCAGUUCAACCGGAACAGGAGUCUAUUUUAAUGACAAUGUGGUAUUUCGUGAUCAAAAUUUCGGUCUGAACGAGUUAGCUUCGGUUCAAGAUGUGCGCAAUGAAUUCAGUUUGCAGGAUCUGGACAGUACCUCGGAGAGUAGCAGUCUGAAUGGAGCUCAGUCAGCCAGUACCUUUAAGGAAAAAGUUGACAUCACAAGCGAAUUGGAGUGCCAGCAUCGCGGUGGAACCUGUGAAUUUUUCAUAGGCUGCUGGAUGACUGGCGGCCUGCUGCAGGGCACUUGUCACGGCUUGUUGCGUGGCUGCUGUCAUCGCACAGCAAAGUCAGCCAACUUGCGCACCUCCGAAUACGUGGGCAACACAAUCGAUUUGACUGAUCUUCCGCAAAAGACUUAUGGACCCGUGAAAAACGAUCCCAGCUGUGGCAUAUCCUUGGCAAAACAAACCGCCCAGAGACGUAUUGUCGGUGGUGAUGAUGCCGGCUUUGGAUCUUUUCCCUGGCAAGCAUACAUUCGUAUUGGCUCCUCAAGGUGCGGUGGUUCCUUGAUAUCACGGCGUCAUGUGGUAACAGCCGGUCAUUGUGUGGCCAGAGCUACACCUCGUCAAGUCCAUGUUACUCUGGGAGAUUAUGUCAUUAAUUCGGCUGUGGAACCUUUACCAGCCUAUACUUUCGGUGUCCGACGAAUUGAUGUGCAUCCCUAUUUCAAGUUUACUCCUCAAGCUGAUCGUUUCGAUGUCUCUGUGCUGACACUGGAAAGGACGGUGCAUUUUAUGCCUCACAUAGCUCCCAUCUGUUUACCCGAAAAGAAUGAAGAUUUCCUAGGCAAAUUUGGUUGGGCAGCGGGCUGGGGCGCUUUAAAUCCUGGUUCACGAUUGAGGCCCAAGACAUUACAGGCAGUCGAUGUUCCCGUUAUUGAAAACCGAAUAUGCGAGAGAUGGCAUCGUCAAAAUGGCAUUAAUGUUGUGAUAUAUCCGGAAAUGAUGUGCGCUGGAUACCGAAACGGUGGUAAAGAUUCAUGUCAAGGAGACUCUGGUGGCCCUCUCAUGCAUGAGAAGAAUGGACGUUGGCACUUGAUUGGUGUGGUCUCAGCUGGUUAUUCGUGUGCUUCGCGAGGUCAACCUGGCAUUUAUCAUCGUGUGGCCUAUACCGUCGAUUGGAUUUCCUAUGUUGUCGGCCUGACAGCUAACAUUUAAAGGCUGCC